CCCGAGGACGUUUCCAGUUGAAGUUGUUAGCCAAGUGAUUUGAUUUAAAAGAUAACGACUUUUUUGGUAGAUGAUUUCAUUUAAAAGAACACAGAUUGUUUGGUAGAUGCAGCAGUCGGUCGGGUUAGCUAUCAUGAAGAAGUCGAAAUAUAGGCUUAUCGAUGGACAAGCUGUGGCUACGCAGACUGACGAGGUGCAAGGAGGUCAGUCGCUCAGUUCACUGUUCCCGUUGUACGAGCUGCCGAGCACGGAUGAGGGAGCAGAGCCUGAGACUGCUCUAGAGGAGCCCCAGGACCCGGGCCUUCAGGACCCGGGCCUUCAGGACGUGGACCCUGAUACGGGCAGGAUGUAUGUAGGCCUGGCCGGCCUACCCAGGCAGGUGCACCAGAGCUGUGUGGCCAAGGGCUUUGACCUCACAAUGAUGGUCGUAGGAGAGUCUGGCAUGGGGAAGUCCACCCUGGUGAACUCCUUGUUCCUUGUGGACCUCUAUAAGAACAGGCUCCUCCCCAGCGCCUCAGAGAACGUCACUCAGACCAUGUCCAUCACUAGGAAAACGGCGGCCAUUGAAGAGAAGGGGAUCAGGUUGAGGCUGACGGUGGUGGACACACCAGGUUUUGGUGCAGCCCUAGACAACAGGGAGAGUAGGAUGCAGGCGUCCGAUUACAUAAAGGAGCAGUUUGAAGCGUACCGGAGGGACGAGACGGCUCUGAACCGCCGAAACAUCCAGGACAACAGAGUGCACUGCUGCCUGUACUUCAUCUCUCCCUUUGGCCACGGCCUGAAGCCCCUGGACGUAGCGUGCAUGAGGUCCCUGCAGGACUUGGUCAACCUGGUUCCAGUGGUGGCCAAGGCGGACUCCCUCACGAAGGCAGAGCUCCAGGUCAAGAAGGCCAGGAUUCUGAAAGACAUAGCAAGCCACAAGAUCAAGAUCUUCCAGUUCCUUUGUGAAGAAGAAGACGAGUUUUGGCCGUCUGAUCUGGAGCUGCAGAACAGCAUCCCAUUUGCCGUCAUUGGAGGCAACGCAACCAUGGAGUCUAACGACAAGUGUUACCUGGCCCGGGUUUACCCCUGGGGCGCGGUGAACGUGGAGAGUCCGGCCAACAGCGACUUCUCUCUGCUGAGACGGAUGUUAGUGACCAAUCACAUGCAGGCCAUGAAGGAAUUCACUCACCACACGCUCUAUGAAAACUACCGGGUCAAAGUUCACCAGAGGAGCCACAAGCCCACACGGAGACCUAUUGCAAACAAAGACCAAUAAUUGAGAGGCUGCUCCAGAUGAUCCAUGAACCAUCACCAAGCAUCUACAGAACAAUAAUAAAUCACUAUUUUAUUGUUA